AUGGCAGACUCUGAUGCUCAAGAGACUCGCCAACCUGCAAAAGAUUCGCCGUUCUCCAUAAAGAACCUGCUGAACAUCGAAGACAAACCCACGAAGCCUAAAAGCUUCCUCGGCUCGUCCAAAGGAGUGUUUGAAGGCAGCUUCUUCUCUCGGCUCGGUGACUUGUCUCUCCCACGGUUUGAGUUGCCCACACAGAGAAUUGGACUAUCAGGGCAGUAUCUGGAAAGAGCGUCCACCUGGUGGUACCCAUACACGCUCGGGGCUCAUCUCAGGACCGGGGGGUCUGAGAAGGCCAACCUAAGGGAGGCAUCACCGGCACCGGACAGGCGCUCCCCGGAUCUCCAAAAAAGUGACCAAGAUGUCAAAGAGGAAAGCGCCGACGACGACAUCGCGCUGGACGAAAGUGACGCGGAAGAGCCAAAGAAAGAAACAGACCACGGGGACGACUGGAGGAGAAAAACGGACGAGCUGGACUCCGAGAAGAAGCCCUGCCGAAAGAAGAAGACGCGCACGGUGUUUUCCAGGAGUCAGGUCUUCCAGCUGGAGUCCACCUUCGACAUCAAGCGCUACCUUAGCAGCUCGGAGAGGGCAGGCCUGGCCGCGUCCCUGCACCUGACGGAGACGCAGGUGAAAAUCUGGUUUCAGAACCGGAGGAAUAAGUGGAAAAGGCAGCUGGCCGCGGAGCUGGAGGCGGCCAACCUGAGCCAUGCGGCGGCGCAGAGGAUUGUGCGGGUUCCCAUACUUUACCACGAGAACGGAGCCCCAGAAACGAGCGGUGGCCCCGCUGCAAACUCACCGGGGAGCCAGUCACUCGUGGCUUUUCCCCACCACAUGUACUAUUCCCACCCGGUCCCUCUGCUGAGGCCUGUUUAACAUUGACUGUCAUUAUGAGCUGUAAAUAUGUUUUUAAAUGAGAGU